AUGACCCCUAAAAAUGCAAAAUGUGUCAUAGACGAUCUCUUGAAAACUCUUACAGAAUGUGAAGUAUCCGAUUGGACCGAAUGGAGUCAGUGCUUUGGCACAUGCUAUUUUGGUCAGACCGUACGUAAUCGAGACGUGACCCGUCCAUCACUACCAGAUCGUCCGGGUUCACCAACUAGACGAUGCCCACAUUUAUAUGAAACUUCAUUUUGUGCUCCUGAUUCCUGUAAACAGGGGUCAUCAGAAGGAGAUGACCGCUUCCGCACUCCAGACCGCUCAAUUCUGCCACCUAGGAUUGUGCUCGAAAAGCAAAUCAUGCACAAGGGUAGAAUGGGAUCGGAUGCUGCGGAGCCAUUACGUCCAAGCAACGAUGCUAAGGCAAAGGGACCAUUAAAAGACGAAGAAAGAAGACUUCGUCUGAGCGAAGGUAUGUCGCAGAUGCGAUUGUUACGACCCGUAGACAGAUUGCCGGAGCUACUUCAAAGCCAGGCAAAGAAUAGAGUUCGCAGCUUUGAGAGCGAGAUUCUCAAGGAAGGACGAGUACGUUCCAAGUGA